CAACAUUAGUUGAGUUUUUCUUUCUCGUUGCAAUAAUAAGAUUGGGCUCUAGGCGCCGCUGUUCACCAAUUAGGGAAACGGGAGGCUGCGAGCUAGAGUCCCUCCCUCCCCUACCUCUACAACACAAAGCAGAGUGAAGUGGAUACUCACAGAUCGUGAUGCUGGAAACUUAAAAGUACUUCUCUUCGCUCUCUAAUAUAUUUUGGAUGUACUUGGCGAGUGACUGUGUAGAUGCAUAAGCUGAUUCAGAACCAAACAGCUCAAGAAACCGCGGAAUAUAGGCUCAGCCACUGCCAUGGCGAAUCGGCAACUGCUCCUGGACCGCAGCGGGCUGGUCCUACUGUAUAUUUUCCUGGGGACGCUGCGGGAGUCUGGGGCUGGGCAGAUCCGAUACUCGGUGCUGGAAGAGACAGACAAAGGCUUCUUCGUGGGCAAUAUUUCCAAGGACCUGGGGCUGGAGCCCAGGGAGCUGGCGGAGCGCGGAGUCCGCAUCGUCUCCAGAGGAAAGACUCAGCUUUUCGCUUUGAAUCCGCGAAGUGGCAGCUUGAUCACUGCUGAUAGGAUAGACCGGGAGGAGCUCUGUGAGGCGGUUUCCUCCUGUUUUUUAAACCUGGAGAUACUUGUGGAAGAUACCCUUAAGAUUUACGGAGUGGAGGUGGAAAUAAUGGAUAUUAAUGAUAACGCCCCCAGCUUCCGGGAGGAGGAAGUAGAGAUAAAAGUCAGUGAGCAUGCAACUCCGGGAUCGCGAUUUCCUCUUCCUAAUGCUAGGGAUCCAGAUGUGGGAAUGAACUCCCUCCAGCGCUACCAGCUCAACCCUAAUAAUUACUUUUCUUUGCAAGUGCGAGGCACAACGGAUGGGGCCAAGAAUCCUGAGCUAGUGCUGGAGGGGAGCCUGGACCGGGAAAAAGAGGCUGCUCACCACCUCCUCCUCACAGCCUUAGAUGGAGGAGAUCCCAUCCGCCAGGGCACUGUUUCCAUCCGCGUGGUGGUUCUCGAUGUAAAUGACCAUAUCCCAAAGUUUACACAGUCUGUAUAUGGAGUGAGUGUUCCUGAGAACCUCAGCUCCGGAACUCGGGUGCUUAUGGUAAACGCAACUGAUCCAGAUGAGGGAAUCAAUGGGGAAGUGGUAUAUUCAUUCCUGAAUAUGGAAAGCAAAGCUUCUGAGAUAUUCCAGUUGGAUUCUCAAUCUGGAGAAGUCUUAAUACAAGGUUCUCUGGAUUUUGAGAAACACAGAUUCUAUGAGAUGGAAAUUCAAGGCCAAGAUGGUGGAGGUCUCUCCACCACUGCUAAGAUGUUGGUCACAGUUGUGGAUGUGAAUGAUAAUGCUCCAGAAAUAACUAUCACAUCUUCUACGAAUUCAGUGCUGGAAAACUCUCCUCCAGGUACUGUGAUUGCUCUUCUAAAUGUGCAAGAUCAAGACUCCGGAGAAAAUGGUCAAGUCUCCUGUUUCAUUCCUAACAAUAUGCCUUUUAAAUUAGAAAAGACUUACGGAAAUUAUUACAAGUUGAUAACCAACAGAGCACUGGACAGGGAGCAGGUACAGAGCUAUAAUAUAACGUUGACAGCCACAGAUCGGGGAAGUCCACCCUUGUCUACAGAAACUCAUAUUUCACUGAAUGUAGCAGAUGACAACGAUAACCCGCCCACUUUUGCUCACUCCUCUUACUCUGCCUACAUUCCUGAAAACAAUCCUAGAGGGGCCUCCUUCUUCUCGGUGACUGCACUCGACAGGGACAGCAAAGAGAAUGCCCGGGUCACUUAUUCUCUGGCAGAGGAUACCCUCCAGGGAGCACCUCUAUCCUCCUACAUCUCCAUAAACUCAGACACCGGCAUUCUGUAUGCGCUGCGUUCUUUCGACUAUGAGCAAGUCCAUGAACUGCAGUUGUGGGUGACAGCACAUGACAGUGGGAACCCACCGCUCAGCAGCAACGUGUCACUGAGCAUAUUCGUGCUGGACCAGAACGACAACGUGCCGGAAAUUCUGUACCCCGCCCUCCCCACCGACGGCUCCACGGGUGUAGAGCUGGCACCCCGCUCCGCAGAGCCCGGCUACCUGGUGACCAAGGUGGUGGCUGUGGACAGAGACUCGGGCCAGAACGCCUGGCUGUCCUACCGCCUCCUCAAGGCCAGCGAGCCAGGGCUCUUCGCGGUGGGGCUGCACACGGGCGAGGUGCGCACAGCGCGGGCCCUGCUGGACAGAGACGCGCUCAAGCAGAGCCUGGUGGUGGCGGUCCAGGACCACGGGCAGCCCCCUCUCUCGGCCACGGUCACACUCACAGUGGCAGUAGCGGACAGCAUCCCCGACGUCCUGGCUGAUCUAGGCAGCCUUGAGUCUCCCGUCAGCCCCGACAAUUCGGACCUCACGCUGUACCUGGUGGUGGCGGUGGCCGCGGUGUCCUGCGUCUUCCUCGCCUUUGUCAUUGUGCUGCUGGCGCUCAGGCUGAGGCGCUGGCACACCUCGCGCCUGCUCCAGGCUUCAGGAGGCGGGUUAGCGGGUGUGCCCGCCUCUCAGUUUGUGGGCGUGGACGGGGUGCGGGCUUUCCUGCAGGCCUAUUCCCACGAGGCCUGGCUCACAGCGGACUCGCGGGGGAGUCACGUGAUCUUCCCGCAGCCCAACUACGCGGACACGCUCCUCAGCCAGGAGAGCUGUGAGAAAAGCGAGCCUCUUUUGAUAGCUGAAGAUUCAGCUACCGGUUUAGGCAAAUGUGAUCCUACCAGUAAUCAGCAAGCCCCGCCCAACACGGACUGGCGUUUCUCCCAGGCCCAGAGACCCGGCACCAGCGGAUCCCAAAAUGGCGAUGAAACCGGCACCUGGCCCAACAACCAGUUUGACACAGAGAUGCUGCAAGCCAUGAUCUUGGCCUCCGCCAGCGAAGCCGCUGAUGGGAGCUCCACCCUGGGAGGGAGUGCCGGCACCAUGGGCUUGAGUGCCCGCUACGGACCCCAGUUCACCCUGCAGCACGUGCCCGACUACCGCCAGAACGUCUACAUCCCCGGCAGCAAUGCCACUCUGACCAACGCAGCUGGCAAGCGAGAUGGCAAGGCCCCGGCAGGUGGCAACGGCAACAAGAAGAAGUCGGGCAAGAAGGAGAAGAAGUAAUGCGGAGGCCAGGCCUUGGAGCCACAGGGCAGCCUCCCUCCCCAACCAGCCCAGCCUCUCCCUACCUGUGCCCAGGCCUCGGAUUUUCAGGGCUCACCCCCAGGAUACUGGUAGGGGCCCAGGCCAUGCUCCCCUUGGGAAACAGAAACAAGUGCCCAGUCAACACCCCCCCUCUGCCCCCAGGGGAUUGAAUAUGCAAAGGGAGUUCUGCUGGGAACCCCCAUCCAAUCAAUUGCUGUGCCCAUGGGGGUAGUGGGUUAGUGUAGACACCAUUUAUCACACCCCUUUCAGUUACAGCUGAACUCCUCCAUCUUCCAAAUUCAAUCGGGCCCAUCCAUCCCCUGCCUCCCUCCUACCCGACCCACCCCACCCUCCUCCUCAACAGCUCUUCUUUCUUAAGUUGUUUGGGGGUGUUGAGGUACCUGGUGACCUAAAAAGGCUCAUAGUUCUGAAGAGUUGGAAGGGCAUCAUGACCUCUUGGCCUCUCCUUCAAUUCUCAGACUUCCCCCAAAGCAUGGUUUGGUGCCAAUCCCUUCACCUCCUUCCAGGACCUGAGACCAAGCUCAAGUUUUGGGAGAUAUGGUCACCAUUCCCAUGGUACUGAUGCUUGCUGGAUUUAGGGAGGGCAUUUUGCUACCAUGCCUCUUCCCAACACCCUGGGGACCAGUCUUUUGGUUUUCAUUGUUUGAUGUUCCCACUGCAUGCUGUGACUUCCCCCUCCCCAAACAAGAGACUUCACUGCAUGUUCUAAGACAGUAUGGGGUGGUAAGAUAAAGAAGGGAAGGGUGUGUGUGUGUGUCUGUGUGUGUGUGUAUGGGGGGAUGGACAAAGCUUGAUCCAUCAGUUAACAGGGUCUUGCUGGAGGCUCUGUAUGCCCCCAGGGUACUGACCAGAUCCCCAGAUUCCAGCCAUAAGCCAAGCACCAGGCUGGACCCUCAUCUAUCGUAUAUACAGGGCAGCCCAGGCAGCCAGCGGUGGGCUGAGCUACGGGCACCAAUGGAUUUAAACUGGCAUUAUGGUCCAAGGAAGCUCUGAGCAGGUUUGGGACCAGGUCCCCUGGAGAGGUCAGAGGGGCCUCUGUGGGUGCUGGGUACUCCAGAGGUGCUGCUGGUGGAAGGAUCAGUGUGGCCCCAGCAGGAAGGGAGGGCCAGCUAGACCAUUUUUGGUCCCUCGGUUGGGAAGGAAAGGAGCUAGAGCAGGGACCAAGUGGAAAGUGUCAGCCCAGGAUCAGGGCUUGCUUCUCCACAGGGCCCCUGCAUCCAGCAACCCCAGUCCUUCACCUCGACAGGUGCCAUUUCAUCUCUGUGAAGGCCACUGCCCAGGCCCCCAGUCCGAUCCCUCGUGGCCAGAGCCUGGUUAAAGUUCCCCAGUGCCGCCUUGUGCAUAGAUCUUCCUCUGUCCACCCCUUCUGCCCCCGGCGUCCCGUUCACGCAGCGGGGCUUCGCGAGAACCCCACCCGGCCCUUGCAGUGGUGUAGAGCCCCCCCCUCCCUUUCGGCUGGUGUAGAAUAGCCAAUAGUGUAUAGUGCGGCGUGCUUUUCCGUAAUGGCGAGUGGGCCGCGGGCGGCGGGCUCCACGCAGCCGUCUGUCCCCGAAUCUGCCUGCGGCGGCCCGUGCUGUGUUUUGUGCUGUGUCCACGCGCUGCGGCGACCCCCUCCCGCGUCCUGACUCCUCUAAGCGCUUCUCUUUGCAUAGUCACGUAGCUCCCCACCCCACCCCCUUCCUGUGUCUCACGCAAGUUUUAUACUCUAAUAUUUAUAUGGCUUUUUUUCUUUGAAAAAAAUUAAAAGAUUUCUUCUGAAA